CCAGCUAUGUAUUUUACGACUACUCCUAAACACACAACGUUAUUAUGGUGUCAAACUGGCGCUUCUAUUACACCUGGUACUAUUACUUCGCCACGCAAACUGUGGUCACUGUAAUUGCUGUAAUAGUUUACAGUGUAUAUAUUAGGACAUGUUUGACAGUUCUUGCCACUCUGACAUUUGAUUACAAGAUUACUUCUGCUUAUCAACCAAAAAAAUUCCAUGCCGGAAACCUGUAGAUGCUCUAUAGCCGGUGAUGCAGUGUAUACGAAAUAUGAUGAGCACUUCAGAAACAGACUGGUGCUGUUUAAACUUGCUCACAUCGAGACCCUUGGUAUUGGGCCCUAUCUCAGGGCUGUGCGUCACCCACAUGUAUGCAGUGUACAUUUCGCCAUAGAAGACUUCCACUUAUCUCCGCGAGGAGACGGCAGUCGUGAACGACCGUAUGAAUUCGGUCUAUUAAAGACAGUUAAUGGUUGAACUGCAAGGCCGAUUUUAUAUGUCCCGGUGGGGGGACCACUCCUACCAGGACGAGGAUCCUGGAACGUUGACACCCGCCAGCCAAUGGGAGUAUACUACGAUCGAGGACUUCGCGCUUGUUGCGGGAGGUUUAUCGGCGCGUCAACCAUUAGAACAUGAGACACCGAUGUCCGGCUCACCAUCUCGAUCUCCAACUUCCACUGCUGCUACUGCUUUUAGUGCGCAACCUCCGAGACACCGAGCUGGUAGUCGUGGCCGUACUACUCAUACUACUGCGCACAGUGCUACUGAUACUUCUGCUACUGAUUGUAGUGCGCAGUCUCGUACACAAAUAAUUCUGCCAUCACCCUUGCCUACACCUGUUCAGCUCCGUCCGAGACAAGAAGCUGGUAGUCGUAGCCGUACUACUGUGUACAGUGCUAUUACUUCUGCUACUGCUCGUAGUGCGCAGUCUCGUACACAGGUAGUCCUGCCACCCGCGCUUUCACCGAAGCAUCUGCCUUAGAAAUAUAAAACCACGCGCUCUGGGGCUACGUUUGGAUCCUCUGGCUCGGCGCUCUGGCAUGUUGAAGAUAAACCAGCACCUACGGAACCUGACCUCCUCGAUCCAUGUCCUGAUUAAAGUGGUGAACCGACUGGUGAACAGUGGAAAACAAUAAA